CGCCUCAGUUGAGCGGUUUUAAGCGAAGCGAGCAGACUAUCAUGUUGGGGAGUCGAAACUUAGCCUCAAGGUGUGUGCGCCUGGCGCGCUCGAAGACCACCACCAGCAGCAGCUCCAGGGCUAAGGCAUCCGUAGUGGCCGAACAGAGUCUGGGCAUCAUCGGGGUGCCCUUUGCCAAGGGCCAGGGCAAGCAGGGCGUCGAGCUUGCACCGGACCUGCUGCGUCAGAGUAAUCUGCGUCAAGUGCUCCAGAGCAGUCACGAUGGACUGGUGAUCCGGGACUAUGGAAACCUGCAGUAUGCCGUGGAUGAGACGCUGUUGCAGCAGCAGCGCGUCCACUACCAUCACAUCCGCAACUACGCCGACUUCAUGGCCUGCAACCGGGCCCUGAUCGAGCAGGUGAAGAUAAUGUUGCAGCAGAACUCCCAGUUUCUGGCCAUUGGCGGGGACCAUGCCAUCGGUUUCGGUUCUGUGGCCGGUCAUCUGCAGCAUACACCGAAUCUGUCUCUGGUGUGGAUCGACGCGCAUGCGGAUAUUAAUCUGCACAGCACCUCGCAGUCGGGCAACAUACAUGGGAUGCCCGUCUCGUUUCUGCUGGAGCAGCUCCGCACCACCUGGCAGCAUGCGUGCCUCGACGAGAUCGCUCCCAACUGUUUGCCGAAGGAUCAGUUGGUUUACAUUGGACUGAGGGACAUUGACCCCUACGAGGCGUUCAUAUUGAAUAAAUUUGGAAUACGCUACUAUGCUAUGGAUACAAUCGAUCGCGUGGGUGUGCCGAAAAUCAUCGAGAUGACCCUGGAUGCUCUGAAUCCACAGAACAAGAUCCACGUUAGCUUCGACAUCGAUGCGCUUGACAGCAACGUGGCGCCCAGCACUGGCACAGCCGUUCGCGGCGGUCUCACGUUGCGCGAGGGCAUCAGUAUUGUGGAGGCGUUGCGGGACACAAAGAGGGUGCAGGGUGUAGACCUGGUGGAGAUCAAUCCAAAGCUGGGAAAUGAACGCGACGUACGCACCACCGUCGACUCCGGCCUGGAGAUCCUCAAGAGCAUGUUCGGCUAUCGGCGCUCUGGCCACUGGAGUAACAUCGAUACGGGAAUCCUGGGAAGCGAUUGAGGCGGA